CUGACCCAACAGAGAGAGAGGGGGCAGUGCUAGGUGCAGGGGACCAGACUGCCUGCCUGCCUGCCUUGCUCACCAGGUCCUGCUCUGCAACAUGGGGAAAGACAAGCUCUCCUUCAGCCCAAGCAUCGUCCUCCUCCUCCUCUUCUUCUUCCCUGGAGACACCUCGGCCACCACCGAACCGCAGUACAUGGUAUUAGUGCCUUUCCUUAUCCAAACUGAGGUUUCGAAUGAAGUCUGCAUCCAACUGAGCUACCUCAAUGAGACCGUGACUCUUAGUGCCACACUGGAACACACUGGGGGGAACAAGAGCCUGAUUGAAGACGUGGUAGCUGAGAAGGACCUGUUCAAAUGCAUCUCAUUCAAACUUCCCAGAUUGAAUAGCACGGCAGAGGCAUUUCUCAGUGUGCUGGUGAAGGGACUGACACUGAAGUACCAGAGCCGAAAAUCUGUGCUGGUGACAGACCCGGAGAGCUUGGUCUUUGUUCAGACGGACAAACCCAUCUACAAACCAGGACAGAAAGUUCUGUUCCGGAUCGUCUGCCUGGACAACGACUUCCGGCCCCUGAACAAGAAGUUUCCUUUAGCCUACAUUCAGGAUCCCCAGAGGAACCGUGUGUACCAGUGGCAAGGGGUGGAAUUGACUGGGGGCCUCAUCCAGCUCUCCUUCCCCCUCACCUCGGAGCCCAUCCAAGGGCAAUACAAAGUGGUGGUGCAGAAGGACUCGCUGGAAAACGUAGAACACUCCUUUUCUGUGGAGGAAUACGUGUUGCCCAGGUUUGAAGUGCUGGUGAAGCUGCCCAAGGUGAUCACUAUCAAUGAGGAGGAACUGCAAGUGUCCGUCUGUGGUCUGUACACCUAUGGGAAACCUGUUCUUGGAGCAGUAAAUGUCCGUGUAUGCCGGAAGUUUUCCAGUCCCAGGUCACACUGCUAUGGAGAAAGGGAAAACGCAGUAUGUGAGGAAUUCACCCAGCCGGCAGAUGCACGUGGCUGUGUCUCCAAUGUGAUAAAGACCAAGAUAUUCCAACUCCACCGAACAGGGUACCACAUGAAUAUUGAAGUGCAAGGCAAGAUCACAGAAGAGGGGACAGGGGUAGAGCUAACUGGAACAGGCUCCUGUGCAAUCACAAAUGUCAUGAGCAAAAUCAGCUUUGAAUACGUGGACUCUCACUACAGACCAGGAAUCUUCUUUUACGGGAAGGUGAAGAUGGUGGAUGGAUCAAAUGCUCCUUUGGCCAAUGAAACAAUCAAGCUUUAUGUGCCUGGGGACAAGAUUGAUCGCAACUACACAACAGAUGAGCAAGGAACUGUUUGGUUUUCCAUAGACACUACAAACUUCACAGCUGCCUCCAUUAAUAUCCAGGCAAGACAUAAAUCUACAGAGUACUGCUACGAUAGUAACUGGGUCGUUCCUGAAUAUGGUACUGCCAGUCACAGUGCAACUCGGUUUUAUUCCCCAAGUAAGAGUUUCCUUAAAAUUGAGCCCCAGCCCGAGACAUUACCCUGCGACUCUGACUUGGAGGUGCGUGUGCACUACAUCCUGACACCAGAGGCUGUGGGAGAGGAGGAGGAAAUCACCUUUUACUAUUUGGUGAUGUCAAAGGGAGAAAUUGUGAGAACGGGAACUAUUACAGAGCCUGUGAUAUCUGAGAAUAAUUUAAAAAAAUUAACACUGAUGCUACGCGUGGGCCCUGAAAUUGCUCCCCUGGUACGGAUACUUGUCUACACCACUGUGCCUAGUGGGGAAGUUAUCGCCAACUCAGCAGAUUUCCAGGUCGAAAACUGCCUCCCCAAUAAGGUCGGCUUGGUUUUCAAACCUCCUCGUGGCACCCCAGCCUCCAGCACUGACUUGACUCUUGGUGCCUUCCCAAAAUCCCUGUGUGCUGUCCGGGCAGUAGACAAGAGUGUCCUCCUCAUGAAGCCUGAAGCUGAACUCUCAGCUAGCUCUGUAUACAGUUUGCUCCCACUGAAGCAACUCAAGGAUUAUGACUACAAAGACCAUUAUUUGGAGGAAGAGGACACAAACCUUUGUGUGUCACUUGACCCCAUCUUACUAAAUGGGUUCAUCUACCAGCCCGUGUCUCCUGAUGGUGACGGGGACGCCUACAGCAUUCUCAAAAACCUGGGUUUAAAAGUCUUCACUAGCACCAAGGUCCACAAGCCUGAGAUCUGCAGGCGUUAUAGUAUGCAGCCCAUGGCUUAUGGCCUACGUGGACCUAUACGCUCAUUAUACACAGUCGCAAGGAUGCCCCCGGACAUGGAAAUUAGCUCUGAGGAAACUGUCCGGAAGUAUUUCCCUGAGACAUGGAUUUGGGAUUUAAUUCAAAUGGACUCCCAAGGCAAUGCUGUAUUGACACUGACCAUCCCUGAUACCAUCACGGAAUGGAAAGCCAGCGCAUUCUGCACCUCAGAGCACAGUGGCUUUGGUCUGUCCCCAACUGUGUCCCUCACAGCCUUCCAGCCCUUCUUCCUGGAUCUCACCCUGCCAUACUCUGUAGUGCGUGGCGAGGACUUCCCACUAAAGGCCACUGUCUUCAACUACCUGGCCCACUGCAUCAGGGUCAGCGUGUCAUUGACUCCAUGUUCAGAUUUUUCGGCUGCCCCAGCGGAGAAGAAAGAGGACGCUUAUUGUCUCUGUGAGAAUGAAAGGAUAACUGUAUCCUGGACUGUGACCCCAAAAUCUCUAGGUGAGGUAGAGAUCUCAGUGAGUGCUGAGGCUCUAAACGGUGGCUUGCCUUGCGGGGACAAAGUGGUGGAGGCCCCGUCAAAUUGGCGGAAGGACACAAUAAUCAGGAAGCUGUUGGUGGAGCCGGAAGGAAUUCCAAGGGAAACAACCUACAACUCUCUGCUCUGUGCAGCUGAAAAGUCUGCGCCCAGUCCGGUUUCCCUGGAGCUGCCGCAGAACGUGGUACCUGACUCGGCCAGAGCCUACUUCUCCGUGUUGGGUGAUAUCCUGGGCACUGCCAUGCACAACCUGCACCAGCUCCUCCAGAUGCCCUUUGGCUGUGGGGAGCAGAACAUGGUCCUGUUUGCUCCCAACAUCUACAUCCUGGACUACCUGAAUAAGACUGGGCAGCUGAAGGAAGAGACCAAGUCCAAGGCUGUCGGAUACCUAGUCAGCGGUUAUCAGAGGCAACUGAUUUACAAACAUUCAGAUGGCUCUUACAGUACCUUCGGGCCCCGUUCCGGGCAACAGGGAAAUACUUGGCUGACAGCAUUUGUCCUCAAGUCUUUUGCUCAGGCCCGACGUUACAUGUACAUCGACAGCAAGCACAUCCAGGAUGCCCAGCUCUGGCUUUCCAGCAAGCAGAAGGAGAAUGGCUGCUUCCGCAGCUCAGGAAUGCUCCUGAACAAUGCCAUCAAGGGCGGAGUGGAUGAUGAGGUUACGCUGUCUGCUUACAUCACCAUCGCGCUGCUGGAGAUCCCCCUGCCCACUACUCACAUCAUAGUCCGCAAUGCUCUGUUCUGUCUGGAGACAGCAGCACAACAGGAAGGCAACCAUGUGUACACCAAGGCACUGCUGGCGUAUGCCUUUGCCCUGGCAGGGAAGGUGGAGAAGCAGAGGGCACUGCUUGACUCACUGAAGAAGGAAGCUGUGAAAGAGGAUGGAUCAAUUCAUUGGAAGAGGCCUGAGAAGGAGCCAGAGACUAUUCUCCCAUACUAUCAUCCCCGGGCUCCCUCUGCAGAGGUGGAGAUGACGGCCUAUGUGCUCCUUGCUCACCUCACCACCCAGCCAGCACCAUCCCAGGAGGACCUGACAACAGCUUCACUUAUUGUGAAGUGGCUCAGCAAGCAGCAGAAUCCCAACGGGGGCUUCUCCUCCACCCAGGACACAGUGGUGGCUCUCCAAGCCCUGGCCCUCUACGGGGUCCUCACCUAUGCCAAAGAUGAUGGAGCUACCACAGUGACCCUGGAAACUGAAAAGGGCGUCCAGCAGCAGUUCCACGUGGAUCAUGCAAACCGCCUGCUGCUCCAGCGGAUGACACUGCCCGAGGUGCCAGGGAAGUACAGCAUGGCGGUGACUGGGGACGGAUGUGUCUACACACAGACAAGCCUGAGGUACAACGUGUACCCCAAGCCAGAGGAGGCACCUUUCCAGCUGCACGUACACACGAUCCCUGAGACAUGUGACAGCCCCAAGGCCCAGAGGACCUUUGACAUCGCCAUCAAUGUCAGUUACAUCGGGAAACGCCUCUCUUCCAACAUGGCGAUCGUUGAUGUUAAGAUGCUGUCGGGGUUCGCUCCAUUGAAAGCAUCAGUGAAGCAGCUCCCAAAAACCGUUCCUCGUAUCAAGCGCGCAGAUGUUAAUGUUAACCGUGUGCUAGUGUACAUGGAGCAGCUGAACAAUGAGACUCUGAGCUUCUCCUUUGCGGUGGAGCGGGAGAUCCAAGUGCACCACCUGAAGCAGGCACAGGUGGAGGUCUACGACUACUAUGAGAAAGAUGAAUUCGCCAUUGCAGAGUACCAAGCCCCCUGCUACACAGUGAAAGCUCAACAAAGUAACGCGUGAGGCACAGAUUUGUAUUUUGAGCCGGUGGAUCCCACCUGCUCAUUCCCUGCCCAAGCUGAGGUGGUUGGAUGGAGCGACCGGAUAAAAACAGAAGCACAAAGUGGGAAAUGGACUUCACAAAGCAAAUCAUACUGACCUAUGGCCUCUGAUCAGUUUAUUCCCAAACCAGCUGGUCCCUGCUCAGCCUCAGAUCACAGCUGCAGAAACCCACAGCUUUGUCCCUCUACGGCUCUGCUCACUUGAACAAGCCAGGCAGGUAGAAGGGAGUCUGUGAGGAAAGAACUGCUAAGUCACCUUCUGUCUAGUAGCCCCCAUGUGUCCAGCUCAAAGCCAGUGCAUGAUUGUUCCUGGCUUGUCAGAGGGGCGUAUAUGUGUACCCUGCCUCUGAAUAAGUGAGGGGGACAAGAGCACUCAGCUGUGUGAGGCUUUGUGCUGUUAAUGCAUAGUGGACUCUCCUGUAGCUCAGGUAGUCGAGG